AUGGCUGGACGUCAGCCCGGUGGCUACGAUAGCAGCCCAUAUAAUAACGAUAAUCGCGAUGACCUGCUGUUGGAUAUCGACAAUGACCAGCCCGUUUACAACGACGGCCAGCGGCCACCCAUCAACGACGAAGACAUGAUGCGCAACUACGAGAUCGACCAGGAUCCCAGCCGCCCGUCAGUGUCCUACGACGACUUUGUCGGCGCAGACUCGAGUCCCUACCGCGGACAAGAGCAGCAACAAGAGCCUGGUGCCAGCUUGCGACCAGCGCCACGUCUGAACCGCCAAUUCAGCCAGUCCUCGGAACUGAACAGCUACCAGCGCUACGCCGAUGAUUUCGACGACGAGCCCUCAGACGCUGACGGCUACUACCACCAAGGAGGCGCGAUGAACGGGGACGGUUCGACCGCCAGGAACAAUGCGCGGAAUAGGAACAGCGUCUUGACCAUGGGAGGAGGCUUGUUCGGGCGCAUGAAGAACAGGCUGGGUUUGGGACAAGGCUACUCAGAGAUGGAUCUUCCUCUAACGGAGCCUGGACAUGAGCGGACAAGCCCAACGGACACACAAUCGCAAGCGCAGCAAAAGAAGAAGUUUGACCUGGGCAACUUCAAGUUUGGCUUUGGGCGCGGCAAGCCUGAUCCGUCAACGCUCGGCCCUCGAACCAUCCACCUCAACAACCCUCCCGCCAAUGCCGCGAACAAGUUUGUCGACAACCACAUCUCGACGGCAAAAUACAACACGCUCACCUUCCUGCCAAAGUUCCUCUUCGAGCAAUUCUCCAAGUUCGCCAACGUUUUCUUCUUGUUCACCGCGUUACUGCAGCAGAUCCCUGGUCUGUCGCCUACGAAUCCCUACACGACAAUCGCGCCUCUGGCCGUCGUGUUGGCUAUAUCGGCAGGCAAAGAAAUGGUGGAAGACUAUCGAAGGAAACAGGCAGACAGUGCCCUCAACACAUCAAAAGCUCUAGUCCUACGAGGAUCGAGCUUUGCCGAAGAGAAAUGGAUCAACGUGGCUGUGGGGGACAUCAUUAGGGUGGAGUCAGAAAGCCCGUUCCCGGCCGACCUGGUCCUUCUCGCGAGCUCUGAGCCCGAAGGCCUCUGUUAUAUCGAAACAGCAAAUCUCGACGGCGAAACGAAUCUGAAGAUCAAGCAAGCGUUGCCAGAGACGUCGACCAUGGUGUCUCCGAGCGAGCUGAGCCGGCUUGGUGGUAGGGUCAAAUCUGAGCAGCCCAACAGCAGCCUGUACACGUUCGAGGCGACCUUGACGAUGCAAACUGGAGGUGGCGAGAAAGAGCUUCCCCUGAAUCCCGAGCAGCUUCUUCUGCGCGGCGCCACGCUGCGGAAUACACCAUGGGUCCACGGCAUGGUGGUGUUUACGGGUCACGAGACCAAGCUGAUGCGCAACGCCACGGCGACACCUAUCAAGCGUACCAAGGUUGAGCGCAAGCUAAAUACGUUGGUCUUGCUUUUGGUUGCCGUCCUUCUUGUCCUCAGCAUCAUCAGCACCAUAGGAGACCUGAUCAUGCGGAGCGUCAACAGCGGCUCGCUCGAGUACCUGGACCUGGAGGCGAUUAACGGCGCCGGGCCCGUCGCUCGACAGUUCGCCAAGGACAUGGUCACGUAUUGGGUGUUGUACUCGUCUUUGGUGCCCAUCUCACUCUUUGUCACUGUGGAGCUGGUCAAGUACUGGCAUGGUGUCCUCAUCAAUGAUGAUCUCGACAUUUACUAUGAUAAGACCGAUACUCCGGCGACGUGCCGCACGUCGAGUCUAGUCGAGGAGCUGGGCAUGGUGGAAUACGUCUUCUCCGACAAGACUGGCACCUUGACCUGCAACAUGAUGGAGUACAAGCAAUGCUCGAUCGGGGGUAUUCAGUAUGCAGACGACGUGCCUGAAGACCGUAGGGCGAGCGACAAUGACCCACCGGAGGUGGGCAUCUAUGUGUUCGACAAGAUGCGAAGAAACUACGAAGAGGGACACUCCACUGGGGAACUCAUCGAUCAUUUCCUCUCGCUACUUGCGACCUGCCAUACGGUCAUUCCCGAGAUGAACGAAAAGGGCGCGGUCAAAUACCAGGCGGCGUCGCCAGAUGAGGGUGCGUUGGUCGAAGGUGCUGCAAAGUUCGGCUACAAGUUCGUCGCCCGCAAGCCCAAAGCCAUCAUCAUCGAAGCUCAUGGCCAGGAGCUCGAGUACGAGCUGCUGGCCGUUUGCGAAUUCAACUCGACGCGUAAGCGCAUGUCAACAAUCUACCGCUGUCCCGACGGCAAGAUUCGCUGCUACUGCAAGGGUGCCGAUACCGUGAUUCUCGAGCGCCUGAACGAUCAGAAUCCUCAUGUGGAAGCAACCUUGCGUCACCUCGAAGAGUACGCUACGGAGGGUCUGCGCACACUCUGUCUGGCGGUUCGCGAGAUCCCCGAGCAGGAAUUCGAGGAAUGGUACCGCCUGUUCGAUGCAGCCUCGACAACGGUGGGCGGGAAUCGUGCGGAGGAGCUUGACAAGGCAGCUGAGAUUAUUGAGCGUGACUUCUUCCUCCUUGGUGCCACCGCGAUUGAGGAUCGUUUGCAGGAUGGCGUGCCCGAGACGAUCCACACUCUGCAGCAGGCGAACAUCAAGGUCUGGGUCCUCACUGGCGAUCGCCAAGAGACGGCCAUAAACAUUGGUAUGAGCUGCAAGCUUCUUAGUGAGGACAUGAUGCUUCUCAUCGUCAACGAAGAAUCAGCCGCGGCCACGAGGGAUAACAUUCAUAAGAAGCUGGACGCCAUCCGGACACAGGGGGAUGGGACCAUUGAGAGCGAGACGCUGGCACUGAUCAUUGAUGGAAAAUCCCUCACCUACGCCCUGGAGAAGGACCUCGAGAAGCAAUUUCUUGAUCUCGCCGUCAUGUGCAAGGCCGUCAUCUGCUGCCGUGUCUCACCGCUGCAAAAGGCCUUGGUGGUCAAGCUGGUCAAGAAAUACAAGAAGGAGGCGAUAUCUCUCGCUAUUGGCGAUGGAGCGAAUGAUGUCUCCAUGAUUCAGGCUGCCCACAUUGGUGUUGGUAUCAGCGGUGUCGAGGGUCUUCAGGCCGCGCGCAGCGCCGACGUUGCCAUCGCGCAGUUCCGCUUCCUUCGCAAGCUCCUACUCGUUCAUGGUGCAUGGAGCUACCAGCGUGUCAGCAAAACGAUACUAUUCUCCUUCUACAAGAACAUUGCUCUUUACAUGACGCAAUUCUGGAAUGUGUUCUCCGGUCAGAUCAUCUUCGAGUCUUGGCUACUGUCCAUUUACAACGUCCUGUUCACGGUCUUGCCACCGCUGGCGCUAGGCAUUCUGGACCAGUUCAUCUCAGCUCGACUCCUAGAUCGCUACCCGCAACUCUACAUGUCGGGUCAAAAGAACGAGUUCUUCAGCCUCAAGGUUUCUUGCGAGUGGGGCAUCAAUGCCAUCUACCACUCCAUCGUACUGUACAUCUUCUGCCAGUUGUUCUGGUAUGGCGAUCUCAUCAUGGGCGACGGCAAGAUUGCUGGUCAUUGGGUCUGGGGCACUGCCAUGUACAACGUCUGUCUCUUUACAGUCCUCGGCAAGGCGGCCCUUGUCACCAGCAACUGGACAAAGUACCAUGUGAUGGCCAUCCCCGGCAGUAUGCUCAUAUGGUGGGUUUUCGUCGUGGCCUUUGCAUACGUUGCGCCCAUGGUCAACGUCUCGAACGAGCUGUACGGUAUCAUCCCCCACAUGUACUCGAGCCCCGUCUUCUGGCUCCAGACCUUUGUGCUCGCGGUGCUGUGUCUUCUGCGAGACUUUACGUGGAAAUAUGUCAAGAGGAUGUACUUCCCAAAGACAUACCAUCACAUCCAGGAAAUCCAAAAAUACAACAUUCAGGAUUACAGGCCAAGAAUGGAACAAUUCCAAAAGGCCAUCCGCAAAGUCCGCCAAGUCCAGCGCAUGCGCAAGCAGCGCGGCUACGCCUUCUCGCAGGCCGAUGAAAGUCAGACGCGCGUACUUCAGGCAUACGACACGACCAAACACCGUGGUCGCUACGGUGAGAUGGCGAGUUCCCGGCCAGGAGGGCGGUAG